GGUUCAACGGCGAAUGGCCAUUUGUUGAGAAGCAUCAAAAGCUCUUAGUUCUGUGCCCUUUUUCGAUUAUUCAUUCCUCUCUUUCUCUCUCUCUCAUUCAAAUCAUCCGAUUUCAAAGGAACAAAGCCUCAGGAUUUCAAAUAACUUCCACACUGCUUCCUUCUAUAUGUUUAGCAGAUGAAAACCGAACAACAUUAUGAUGCCUCCAAAGUUGAAGAACCUUCAACAACUGGGAAUGACAGAGCCACUUUGAAUGAGGGCUGUCAGGAAUCUGGUUCUCAUCAAAGUGUGGGUUCUGAGAGCAAACCUGGGGAAGUUGUCGGGAACCUACAUCAUGUCUCUUAUAUUUAUAGACAAGAUGUAGUAAGGAGCAACACUAGUGGUAACAUUGGGAUUGUUACUGAGGUUGCUGGUGAUACUGAUUCAGAUAGCAGCAUACCCGACGAUGAAGAUGAGGACGAUGAUGAUGACAACAAUGAUGAUGAUGAUGAGGCUGGUCCAAAUGAGGAAGAUGGUCUGGAUGGCAAUAAAAAUGAUAAGGGGAGUGCUGAUGGGAACGUAGAUGGUGGCAGUUAUAAGAGCACUCCUCUUCCAGCUGACCAAGUUAGAGUGCUUUGGAUGGACGAAUCUCAGACAACGCAAAAUAUUGAUGGUGUCACAGUUGUUGAUAGGGGAUUCUUACAUGGAGAUUACAUUGCUUCUAGUUCUGACCCAAUGGGCCAAGUGGGUCUUGUGGUUGAUGUGAAUAUUUCUGUUGAUUUAUUAACUGCAGAUGGAUCUGUAAUAAAAGAUGUCUCAUCCAGGGACUUAAAACGAGUUAGGGAUUUUACUGUGGGCGAUUAUGUUGUCCUGGGUCCCUGGCUAGGUAGGAUUGAUGAUGUUUUAGAUAACGUAACAGUAUUGUUUGAUGAUAGUUCUAUGUGCAAAGUUGUGAAGGCCGAUCCACUGCGUCUCAAACCAGUUGGUAAGAAUAUGCUUGAAGAUGGACACUUCCCUUAUUACCCUGGGCAGCGUGUACAGGCGAGCUCUUCAUCUGUUUUCAAGAAUUCUAGGUGGCUAUCUGGUUUGUGGAGAGCUAACCGGAUGGAGGGGACAGUAACUAAAGUUACGGUUGGGUCUGUGUUUAUAUAUUGGAUUGCAUCUGCUGGGUAUGGGCCCGACUCUUCUACUACUCCGGCUGAAGAGCAGAGUCCAAAGAACUUGAAAUUGUUAUCCUGUUUUAUGCAUGCAAACUGGCAAUUGGGUGACUGGUGUCUUCUCCCAUCGCCUGCAUUAUCGUCCUCCAUUCCCUUGGACAAGGGCCUAUCGAAACUAGAACUCCAUGAUUCGACCAAUGACGAUUCAGAGUCUGCUCAAACAAGAUCUGAAUGUGAUUCAGAAGUGGUUGCUCCAGAGGAAUCAAAUGCAAAUGGUGAUUCCAUGGACAUUACUGCAGAAGCUGCAUUGGAUGGAACUCGUGCAAAUAAAGAUAAUAAUUAUACUACCGAAUCUAGUUCAUGCAGUAGCUCAUUGUCAGUUUCGAAGGAGCCUAUUCAUGAAACAUGGCCUCUUCAUCGAAAAAAGAUCCGUAAAGUUGUAGUCAGGAGGGACAAGAAGGCCCGGAAAAAAGAGCAGGAUUUUGAAAGAGCCCUUUUGAUUAUUAAUACUAAAACAAGAGUUGAUGUGGCAUGGCAGGAUGGAACGAUAGAACGUGGGCGGGAUUCAACAACUUUGAUUCCAAUUGAUAACCCUGGUGAUCACGAAUUUGUUGCUGAACAGUAUGUGGUGGAAAAGGCCACAGAUGACAGCGAUGAUGUUUAUGAAACAAGGCGUGUUGGGGUUGUGAAAAGUGUUAACGCGAUAGAACGAACAGCUUGUGUUAGGUGGUUAAAGCCAGUUGCCAGGGCAGAAGAUCCUAAAGAGUUUGAUAAGGAAGAAGUGGUAAGUGUGUAUGAGCUAGAAGGGCAUCCAGAUUAUGACUAUUGUUAUGGGGAUGUAGUUGUUCGACUGUCACCUGUUUCUGUACCAGCGCCAAUAGAUUCCCCUGGGAACGCUGCUGAGGAAUUGAAGCAGCUGGCUUGUCCAAACAAGGUUAUAGGAGAUAUGAAGAAGCGCUCCGGGUGUAAGAAAAUAGAAGGUGAAUUGGUGGAUGAUGAUUGUGUAGAAUUCUCAGAUCUCUCUUGGGUAGGAAACAUUACAGGGCUCAGAAAUGGGGAUAUCCAAGUUACAUGGGCUGAUGGGAUGGUAUCAUCGGUUGGGCCUCAAGCAAUUUAUGUUGUCGGUCGUGAUGAUGAUGAGUCGAUUGCGGCUGGAAGUGAAGUUAGUGAUGCGCCUAGCUGGGAGACAGUUGAGGAUGAUGCCCUUGAUAGUGCCAUAGAGGAGCUUGGGUCGCAAGGUGCUACUGACCUCAGUCCUGAGAGCAAAAAGAGGUCAAUGGCAGCAGAAAAUUCUGAAAGUAAUGGAGCUCUUUCUAUUCCCCUAGCUGCACUUGGUUUUAUGACCAGACUGGCCACUGGAAUAUUCUCAAGGGGUCGAAAACACCUUGAUUCAGUAAAUUUGGAUUCCGUAGGUGAAAAUGAAAUUCAAUCUCCACGGAUGAUUAAAUCUUCUGUGGGAGGAGAAUCUGGUGAUGAAUCUAGCUCCCAGAAAUGUAAUGGCACUCAUAUUAGUGGUGUGCCAACCUCCCAUGGUAUAGGAGAGCAAAAUAAUGUCGCUGAGGCCACAGAUUUGGUGGACGUGACCAAAGCUCUUCGCAACUUGAAGCCUGACGAAUCAGAUGUGUCAGCACAAUACACCAAUAAAUCAUCCAGUUUCAAAGGCUUUGAUAUUGCUAAAGAUCCUUAUGACCAUUAUUUUUUUGGUACUAAUGAACAAAAUAAUGCUGGAAGGAAGUGGCUCAAGAAAGUUCAACAAGAUUGGAAUAUCCUUCAGAAUAACCUGCCUGAUGGGAUAUACGUACGUGUUUAUGAAGAUCGAAUGGAUCUUUUAAGAGCAGUGAUAGUAGGAGCAUAUGGGACACCUUAUCAAGAUGGCCUUUUCUUCUUUGAUUUUCGCCAUCCGCCAGAGUACCCUGAUGUUCCACCUUCGGCUUACUAUCAUUCUGGUGGCUGGCGAAUAAAUCCAAAUUUGUACGAAGAAGGUAAAGUUUGCCUUAGCCUUUUAAAUACUUGGACAGGCAGAGGAAAUGAAGUCUGGGAUCCUUCAUCGUCAAGCAUCCUUCAAGUCCUGGUUUCACUCCAGGGUUUAGUGCUAAAUACUAAGCCAUAUUUUAACGAAGCUGGGUAUGAUAAGCAAAUUGGGACGGCUGAGGGAGAGAAAAACUCAUUAUCAUACAACGAGAACACAUUCCUGCUGAACUGCAAGACAAUGAUGUUUCUUUUGCGGAGGCCCCCAAAGGAUUUUGAAGAGCUUGUCAGAGAACAUUUCAAGAGGCGUGGCUAUUAUAUCCUCAAGGCCUGUGAUGCUUACAUGAAUGGCUAUCUUAUCGGCUCCCUUACAAAGGAUGCCUCAAUAAGCGAUAAGAACCAUCCUAAUUCAAAUUCGGUUGGCUUCAAGCUAAUGUUGGCUAAGAUUGUGCCAAAACUUUUCAUUGCGCUCAGUGAAGUUGGAGCUGAUUGUCAGGAGUUCAAGCAUCUACAACAGUCAUAUCAGAUGUCUUAAAGGGCCAGCCUCCCCUCUUCUUCACCGGUCCCAAAGAGAUUUCCUUUCCCUUGUAAGUCUGAGGAUGCUCUUGGGGUUUUCCAAUGAUACCAACUCUUAUCUGCUAUUCAGGAUGAUGGGUCAAUUAAUGUUGGAUUGUAUCCAGAUUCUUUUGUGGCAUUUCAUUGUUUGUUCAUAGACUUGACACAAGAAUGAUAUUUGACAAGAAACUUCUUGCUUUAGGUUUACUUAUAUUUCUGCUUCAAUUUGUUGUAUGAAAUACUGUUGUAUAUUUUAUAUACAUUACUGAGAAGAGUACAUUCAUUAUUCAAAU